AUGGCGUCGCCAACCCCACCGGCCGCGACGGACGCCACCGCCGGAGCCGGAGCCGGAGCGGAGAUGCCACCCAAGGACGAAGACGCAGCAAUUCGCCUUCGCCGCAGCCUGUUCGGCAGCGACGAGGAGUUGGAGCAGGAGCCGGAGUCGCCCUCGUCGUCCGGCGAGGACUCCGGUGCCAGCGACAGCUCCGAGGACGAUUUCACGGAGGAGGGCUUGAGGGCGAGGGACGCGGUGCUGAGCGUGGCCAAGUCCGUCGUCGCCCUCGCCGCCUCCGUCGAUGGAGAUCCCUCGUCCACCUUCGCCUGCACGGGCACCGUGGUCGCUCGCGAGGGCCUUGCGGCCUGGAUCAUGACCUCUGCAACUCUGAUCAGGAAGCACGACAGCGGCACCGAGGUCCAUGAACUUUCCAGUGUGAAGAUUGAGGUGCUCCUGCCUAACAAAAAGGUUGUCAAGGGGCAGUUGCUGAUGUACGAUUUGCACUAUAAUGUCGCCAUCGUUUCCGUCGAGUGCGAAGCUGAUCUCCUCGUGGCGGUGCUCGCCGACCUCCCGGGCUCCUACUUCCUGACACCUACUCCAGUCGUUUCGGUUGCCUGGAAAUUUGAGUCUGGAAGUUUGCAGCUGAAACGUGGGGAGACAUUCCGUGCAGUUAGCGAGUUAGAUUGCAAUGAACUUAUGGUCUGCACUUGUCAAAUGGAGCCUCAGAGGCAAAACAAGGAUAACAGCAUUCAGUAUAUUACGACGAUUUUCAUUGGGGGUCUUCUGAUUGAUUUGGAAGGAAGAAUUGUUGGUAUGAAUUUCAUAGACGAGAAUAAAACUCCCUUUUUGCCUGUCCAGCUUGUUGGGAGAUGCCUGAAACAUUUCAGAAAGUUUGGGCGAAUCAAACAACCAUUUCUAGGAAUAAGGGGCCGGGGGCUUCACAUGUUGGAAUUAAAGGACUUGGAGAAAAUAUGCCACAAGUACCAUAAGCCACCUUCUGGAAUUCUGGUGGAGAAGAUUCCUGAAGUAUCAUCUGCAAAUUGUGGAGGCAUUGAGGCUGGUGAUAUCAUUAAUAAACUUGAUGGAGUUGUUUUGCACUCUCCAGCACAGCUUACAACAAUGCUUCUAGACACAAUGGAGGUUGCAGUGAAUAUGCAGCCAGUCGUCCUCCAGGCGACUGUCUUGAGACCCAGGGAUGGUACAACAUUUGUUGCAAACCUAAAAGUAGUGGAAUGCCCCCAUGGUGAAUGCCAUAUGUUGCUCAAAAACAGAUGGAGACUGCCACCGCCAAAAGAGUAUUGGUGGGGGCCAAGUGAAUGGCAUGAUUACUCCGACUAAUUUUUAGCAGCCGACUCGGCAGCACAUUGUUAGAUAACUUUCCUUUUACGGAUGGAGUAUUACAUCAUUCUUAGCGAAAAGAGUAUUACGCGGGCUUUGCCGUGGCGGGAACAUGUGACGGUACAUCAAUGGCAUGCGAGACUAAGGAUAACCUUGACAAUUUCCUGACACGGCAUGGCAACACGAGAAAUGCUACACUUAUGCGUUGAUUCCUACCGAAAGAAGUUAUAGGCCGAGUUGUGAAACCUUGAUUGGAAAUCAGGAGGGAGUGGGACCCGCACUGAAAAUCAGGGAGCAAAGAGAUUGGUAGUCAGGAGUCUGUAGGUUUCUGUGGGAUUCCGCAAGUGUAGAAUUAUUGAUGGCAACGCUGAUUCUCUGGCCUCUACGGUUGGUACAGACAUUCUGGAAUGGGCCUAGGCAAUGCUGGCCGCCUCGACACGGUGGUCUGGAAGGCUUUCCUUGGCUUCCUCCCAUUGUUUCGCGGCUAUACCGAGGUGCGGGUCGGGUCAGGGACGGGGAGAGCACCGCCUUCUGGGAGGAUGUCAAUACUAGUAUCCUGGCCAUCUGCUUCCCCGAGCUGUUCUCGCACUUGUGGCGCCCCCAUGCUUCUGUUGCUGCUGUCGACGACGAGAUCUCCGGCCACCUCCACCUCCACCUCAUGUUCUCAUCGGCUGUUGGGGCGGAGCUCUGUGCCUGAUAGACGGUCUCAAAUCUCAAUCGUUUGGUGCUACUAGUAAGUAUGCACGUGCAACGCACGUAUCAUAGAGUUAUGAAAUAGAGAGAAAAUUGGAUCGCGGGAAGGGGAGCGGUGGCAUAAGUGUCGAGGGAGGAGGAUUGAUUAUUGCGGCGGCCAUGCCUAUAGGUUCCAUUGGUAUUUCCAGGUUAAUUUUAGUGACUCCUUUGAUUAUGUUGGACUAUUGUAGAAAAGAUUAUUGGGAACUUUUUUUGUGUGUAAAAUAGGUAAUCAAUAAUUGGAAAGCAUGUCCGUGCUGGAUGGAAGAGGUAAAAGAAAUUACCAAGGUAAGACCUGAAGCUUCCUUGAACUAAAUGUUGGUUAUGCAAACAGUCGAAGUUAGCA